UCCUCCUCCUCCUCCUCCUCCUCCUCCUCCUCCUCCUCCUCCUCCUCCUCCUCCCAAAAACUUACCAUCACCACCAUCACCACCACCACCACCACCACCACCACCACCACCACCACCACCACGACGAGUUCACAUCCCACCACCACC